AUGACGCCUUCGCUUCUCUCCACGCUCUCUUCCGCCCUCCUUUUGGGUUCGACCGUCUCUGCGACCCAGUCCUACCAGCUGGCCGACAACUACGACUCCACCAACUUUCUCGAGAAGUUCGGCUUCUUCACGAGCGACUACUCCACCGGCGACUACAACAAUGUCGACCCGACUGGCGGUUAUGUCAACUACCGGUCUUCUGAGGAGGCUCAGGCUCAGGGUCUUCUGAAGACCGUCAACGGCGAGCUCUACCUCGGUGUCGACUCUACCUCCACCCUCGACCCCAAGGGCGUCGGCCGCAGCUCCGUCCGCCUCGAGAGCAAGACCAAGUACAGGAAGGGUCUUUUCGUUACCGACUUCUCUCACCUUCCCAAGCCUGCCUGCGGUGCUUGGCCCGCUUUCUGGACCGUCGGCAACCCCUGGCCCGCCGCCGGUGAAAUCGACAUCUACGAGACCUGGAACGAGGAUGGUGUAAACAAGGUCGUUCUUCACACCGACAGCAGUGUCGGCGAGUGCCGCAUGGAUGGCACGGGCAUGACCGGCACCAUGAGCAAGCCCAACUGCGCCAACUACGCCCCGGGUCAGUCCGACAACGAGGGAUGCUCCGGCCACGAUGCCACGGCCCCCUUCGGAUCCGCCGAGGGCGGAAUCUACGCCAUGGAAUGGACCGACACCUCUGUCAAGGUCUGGGGCUUCACCCACGCCAACGCUCCGGCCGACAUCGCCACCAACCCCAAGCCCGAGACCUGGGGAACCCCCAGCUUCACCACUAGCGUCUGCGAGGCCGACAAGGUCUUCGGCGACGCCAAGAUGGUCAUGAACAUCGACUUCUGCAGCGUCAACACCGCCGGAAACGAACUCAUGUGGGAGCAGGGCGGAUGCAAGGCCAAGGCCGGCGGCGCUACUUGCAACGAGUGGGUCGCCAACAACCCCCAGGCCUUCGCCGAUGUCUACUUCCAGGUCAAGUCCGUGAAGAUCUGGCAGAUGAAGGAUGGUGAGGCCAACGCCACCGCCUCUGCCAGCCAGAUUGCCCCCUCUUCCGCUGCUGCCAGCUCUGCCGUUGCCACCGACGUUGUCGCCUCCGGCACCGCCGUUGCCUCCGAGAAGCCCGUUGCUACCGCCAGUGGAUCCGGCGCCGUUGCUCCCUCCGUCACCGCUUCCGCCAAGCCCGUCGAGUCCCCGGUCGAGGACUUGCCUACCCGCCUGGCCACUUCCACCGUUUACCAGACGAACGUGAAGACCAUCACCUCAUGCGCCCCUACCGUCACCAACUGCCCCGCCAGAGAGACCCCUGAGAUCGUCACCGAGGUCGUUCCCGUCACCACCACCAUCUGCCCGGUCGUCGACGUUCCCACCACCAUGACCGUCUCCAAGACCGAAGUCCACACCAUCACCUCGUGUGCCCCCACCGUCACCAACUGCCCCGUCGGUUCCAAGACCACCAUCACCAAGGAAGAGGUCAUCUCAACCACGGCCGCUGUCCCCGUCGAGAGCUACACCAAGCCCGCCGCCGGUACCACCAACCAGGCCGAGAAGCCCGUCCCCGUGACCACCCAGGCCCCUGAGGUCCCUGCCCUCCUGACGACUUACAAGACCAACAUCGUCACCAUCACCUCGUGCGCUCCUACCGUCACCAACUGCCCUGUCGGCAAGGAGUCCACCAUUAUCACCAGCGAGAUCAUCACGCCCACGGCUCCCGUUCCUGGCAUCCCUGCGGUUCCCUCUCCGAACCCCUCGGCUCCUGGCUCCGAGAACCCCUCCACCCCCGUCGCCCCUGGAGCCGAGAACCCCGCUACCACUACCGUCGUCCCCGGCGCUGAGACCCCGGCUACGACCGCUGUUCCCCAGAACCCCGGCGCCCCCGGCGUUCCCGGCUCCGGAGCUUCCACCGCCAGCGUCCCCGCCGCCGGCCAGACCACUUCCGCUCAGAAGCCCGUCCCCGAGACCCCCGCCGCCACUGUCUCCGAAGCCAUGCCCACGACCCUCGUCGUUGCUCCCUCGUCUCCUUUCAACGGCACCCUGACCACCGCCCGCUUCCCCGUCGGUACCGGUGCCCCUUGCAUCGGCUCUGCCUGCCCCGCGACCACCACCGGCCCUGUCCAGGCCGGCGCUGGAAAGGUUGGCUCCGGUGCCUUCGCUUUGGCUGCGGCGCUGGCUGUCUUGGUCAUCUAA